UUCUCCACUCUAUUGAAGGCGGGCUAAUUACUUGGGAUCGUGUUUUUGUGCUGCAAUGUCAGAGAAGAAGGCAGAUGUCCCACAGUUGUCGACAAGGAACUGGGUUCGAGUUACAUUGACAGCCGCCAGUGUCAAACCACUUGAGAAAGUCACUGAUGGUCUUAUCAAGAAGGCGAAAGAUCAAAAUCUGAGGGUUAAGGGCCCUGUACGUAUGCCAACAAAAGUGUUACGAAUCACUACGCGAAAAACACCAUGUGGUGAGGGCUCAAAGACUUGGGACAGGUUUCAGUUCAGGAUUCACAAGCGUGUAAUUGACCUAUUGUCGACGGAUGAAGCUACCCAACAGCUUAAACACAUAUAUCUAGAGCCUGGUGUUAACUGUGAUGUUAAAGUCGCAGGAGAUUUGUAAUUUGUAAUAAAGUUUUAACGGAUA